UGUUUCAAAUUCUUUGAAUGUGCUAAACAAAACAUGUUGUCGCCAGGUGGCGUGACCUGUACCGUUUUCUCACGUUGCGCUUAAGAUAAGCAAGCAGGUAACGUAGGCGAGCAGUCGCACCCGGCACACGCAUCGGGCCGCAUGCGUUAUGUGCUUUACACGCUACCUAAGUAAUACGUUAAGUCGUGCAGUGCUGUAAUAUAAUUGCUUAAGUUUGCUAAGUGUUACUGGACAUGAGUGAGGCAACGAGUUGUGUGAUGCACCAUCGACUGUUACAGCACUCGUUGUGCCUGGCAGUCCGAUAAGCUGUACACUGUAAUUGAAGAAAUACCAGUGAGGGUCAGUGACGUUUCAUGAGUUACAAUGCACAGGGUGAGAGUUCAUGGGUGAGAUUAUAAUUAAAUUCUUCAUUUCAUGGGCAUAAUUCAGUUUCGCGUCAUUGUAAUUGUCAUUCCGGUUUGAAUUACUAUAAAUUUAAUACGAGUACAUUGCCCGCCUGGGAAAUGCUUAUUUUUACCAAUGUUUAAUGUUUACACUGGAAUGCCCCUGAUAUGAGAAUUUAUUGACAUUUUCUUUCGGUUUGCUCCGCCGGCUGAUGUGAGAUGCUAGGCCGGUUGGUGCAUGAAAAUAAAACUGAUAAAAAUAUAUUUAUUCCGUACCCUACAACUUGCACACGAGAAUUGUUUGACUUCUACUUGUUCAUCGGUGUUAGUAUUUCUAUUCUUUAGAUUAUAUUUAAUAUUUCUAAAUAUUUCAUUGAAUUAUUUUGAUUUGUUCUUACCGCAGUUUUACUUGAUCGGGAAUUUCCCUUCAGUACAGUUCAACCAUUUUCCAAAUUUCGAGUUUUGUAAUGUCGAUUCAUGCGAACAAUUCUGGUUUUAAUGCAAAUCCAUUCCCUGAUAUGUUUCCUACUUGGCAUCAAUACUUGUUCUACGAUUUUCAAUCUCAGGAUUUGCAUUCCUGUACUUGCCGUACCCUUGCAAUCCGAUGAGCGCUACAUUGCGAGCGAACGCAAUCUCGUGGGGCAACUGUUCUUUCACCAAAUUCGGGCGAACGCAAUGUCGUGGGGCAACUGUUCUUUCACCAAAUUUAUUUAGCGGGCGAACGCAAUGUCGUAAGACAACAGUUUUUUCACCAAGUUCGGGCAAUCGCAUUGUCGUGGGGCAACUGUUCUUUCACCAAAUUCCGGCGAACGCAAUGUCGUGGGGCAACCGUUCUUGCACUAAAUUGUACGGUGCCUUGAAUGGGAGUCACUUCUACCGCUACUUUCGUACAGUGCCCUAAAUGGAAAUCUUUAUGGAUCCUUUGUUGGAUGAAGAAUUGGCUAAUCUGAGAUGGCCAACUUUAUCAAUAAGGACCAAGUGGAGAGGUUCCGUCGUACUGGUAGAGUGCGUAUUCAGGAAGAUGAAUGUGUCAACUGGACUAAAUACGAAGAACUGUCUAAGAAAUUGAAGAUUGGAUUGCCGGUGAUGAUGAUGAUUCCAAAUACGAUUGAAAGAAUUUACAACAUUUUGAAGCUGCUAUUGAUAUCAUUUUUGUUUAUUUUGUUAAAAGUUAUAAACAGAGUAUUAUAAUUGCUUAUUAUUAUCCUCUUUUUUUGCUUGUAUUGUUAAAAGUGUUGUAUAUAAUAAGAAAUUUCGUUUCUGAUUCUACAUGUUUGAAUAAAAAUGUAGUUUUAUAAA